CUUGAUCAUAUGACUCAUGUCUCUAGGACUCGCCGUGUAAUGAAUUGAGGAGGACGUUUCCGUCUGUGUUACUGUGACUGUUUCUGUUUUUGUGGAUCUGUUUCGACAGCCGUCUCCUCGUGUGCACGCUAGCAGUGUGUCGGAGUCAAGAAGAAAGUUUGAGGAGGAAGUUUAAUCAUGGAAACGGGAUGCCGGCUCGAUGCCUCGUCCUUCCUGGUCUUGGCCGCCUUGUCUCUCAGUGCUUGUGUCACUGUCUCCGCGCAGAUUAAACCUCUGGUGUACGAGGAGCAGCUGCUGUGGGUGAGCGGAGCCCAGGCGGAGGUGAACACCUACAGGAUCCCCCUGAUCACCUUCACCCCCAAAGGAAGCUUGCUGGCAUUCGCCGAAGGGAGGAAGCUGUCUUCGGGCGAUGUUGGGGCAAAGUUUAUUGCAAUGCGGCGGUCCACGGACAAAGGGUCCACCUGGUCCCCGACCUCCUUUGUUGUGGACGAUGGACUGAAGCCGGACGGCCUGAACCUGGGCUCCGUGGUGGUGGACGAGGAGGUGGGCUCGGUGAUUCUGAUCUACAGCAUCUGCUUCCACCUCUACCACUGCAGCCCGUCCAGCACCAUGAUGGUGGAGAGCAGGGACGACGGCCUCAGCUGGAGCCCGCCCAGAAACCUCUCGGUCCAGCUCGGAGUCAAGGCCUUCGUGGGUGGGCCGGGCUUCGGCAUCCAGAAGCGUUACCCACCAGCAAAGGGGCGGUUGGUGGUUUGUGGACAUGGGACUAUAGAGGGCGACGGUGUUUUCUGCAUCCUGAGUGACAACCAUGGGAAAACGUGGUACAACGGUGCAGCCCUGAAGAGCAUCCCGUACAACCAGCAGAAGAAAGCACAGGACUUCAACCCCGACGAGUGCCAGCCAAUUGAGAUGUUGGACGGCACCAUCGUCAUCAACGUGCGGAACCAGAACAACUACCACUGUCGGUGUCGCAUAGUGGUGAGCAGCAAGGAUGGAGGGCUCACCCUACCCGUGGAUAAUUUGACCUUCGAUUCCUCGCUGGUGGAUCCUGUGGUAGCAGCUGGAGCUUUGCAAAAAGACGGAGUGCUCUACUUCACCAACCCCUCCAGCGACCAAAAAAGAGUAAACCUAACCCUACGAUGGUCGCUGACGAAUGGUACAUCUUGGGUGGACAAUCCGCUCCAGAUAUGGCCGGGACCCAGCGGCUACUCCAGCAUGACGUCACUGGACAGUGGGACCGCAGAGGACCGGAAGCACAUAUUUAUCAUUUAUGAGAAGGGCGAGAAGGAUUACUACGAGACCGUCUCCUUCGUCAAGAUCCACCUGUAUGGUGGCAAGUAGAGGGCAUGAGCAGGAGGUGAGGAGAGGGAGCUCAUGUAUGAGUAACAACCUGGACAGAUUUAUUGUAUCACAGCAUGACUCUUGUUUUGAUUCCAUCUUGUGUUUGUCUCCCAGAUUGAAGCUUUUAAGGGAAAUGGAGGAAGAGGUUGUUUGUGACUUUCUCAGGAAGAAAAAAAUGCACUCAAUGAAAUUAAAAACAGGGAAAAAAACACAUCUGCAUCAUCCACGAAUGCCCCAGCAGUUUAUCUUCACAGUGCGACAUAUCUAUCCAAGACAUUUUCCUCUUAUUCUGUCUUUCUGUUCUCUGAAAUUCCUACAUCUAAAAAAAAAACGGUGAUCUAACCAAACUGGAAACACUGGAGGAAAAUAUAUGUGAAACUUGAGUGCAUACUUGGAGAAGUGGCCCGCUUCAUUUAUAUAUGGGUCAGUGCUUGUAAUUACAAUUUUCUUCGCUAUUAUGUGCCAUGAAUUCAUUCUGAUUGAAAUUAGCUCUGCCUUAGGAGCCGCCACUAAUCGUGUAAAAUAAUGUAAAAGGCCUUUUGUUGUAAUUCGGCACUUGAACGUUCUUUAGUUUGUGUGUGUGUGUGAUUGGAUGUGAAUGGGUGAGUGUAUAAUGGAAAACAUGGUCAGCAAUAGCUUCUUUUGUACACAAUACAUUGUGGGGUUUGCAUAUUUCUUUUUCUUUUUGUAAUCACUCCAUACUUCACACACACUCGCUUGCCAGUUCACUAGGUACUCCAGUGAAAGUGAAGACUAAAUCUUAUCUCCACGAAGCAGCAUAGGUUCGAAGUAACGGAGAGAUGUUGAUUCAAGUGUGUUUUCAUGUCGGAAGCUGAGGUUUGUGCCACUGUCGAAUUGUAUUGUGUUGUGCCAACACGUGUUACUGUUAAUUUGACAGCCACCUUCAGAGGUCAGCGGGUUAGGGUAAAUAACACUUAAUUGUUCAACGGAGUCCGGUUUAACAGAAUUGCCACCUCUCUCACAUUGUUUCAACCUAAACUCGUCAACAAGUUUUAAAUGACGUGUCACAUGUUUUCUGUUUAAUAUGAAUGUGCAGUUGCAUGGCCUGUUCUGUUUUGUGUGGCCUUCAAGCCGCUGUCAUGUCCGUCCAAAUUGCCCCGUGGGGACAAAUAAAGUGAACUGAAUUGAAUUGAAUUAUAACAUCCGUGAAGUUGGAUGUACCUAAUGUUUUGGCAUGUGAGUGUAGAUUUGGAAGUGAAGCUGUAAGCUGAGUUUGGGAUCUUCAAAGUCUGUAGAAUAAAUAAAUUAUUCCUAACAGAUGUCGUACACAGUUACAAAUUGUUCUUUAUUUUUCAUAAAAUAUGCGAUGGAGAGAUUUCUUUUCUGUUCUGUAAAAGAAGGACUUGGUUUAAAUGUAAAUAUCUCAAAUAUGAAGAGUAAUUUUAACAUCACUCCUGUGUCCAAAUGUCUCUGUCAUACUACAUCUCAUUUUACCGUAAUAUUUUUAUUUUUUAUUUUUUGACAGAAACAAAUUGAAUAAAAUCAACAUCAACAUGCUGGUUGUUCCAAAAUAAACUGUCACCAUUAAAUUGGGAUGACAAUAAAAAGGGAAUAUUGCA